GAAUUUUUCCAGACUGAAGCUGAGGACUUGGCAAGAAAACACAAAAUGUCUCCUGAAUCAAAAAAACUUUUCAACAUAAUUAUUUUGGGAAUCUCAUUUAUGUUUAUAUUCACUGCUUUCCAAACAUGUGGAAAUAUUGCGCAAACAGUUAUCACAAACUUAAACAACACAGAUUUUCAUGGUAGUGGCUACACAAGCAUGUCCAUUAUUUAUGGAGUAUUCUCUGCAUCAAAUCUUAUAUCACCUUCAGUGGUUGCAAUAGUAGGACCUCAACUCUCCAUGGUUGUUAGUGGCAUAUUUUAUAGCCUAUACAUUGCAGUUUUUAUCCAACCUGCUACAUGGGCUUUCUAUACUGCUUCUGUUUUUAUUGGCAUUGCAGCUGCUGUACUCUGGACAGCACAGGGAAAUUGCUUGACUGUAAAUUCUGAUGAAAACACCAUUGGAAGGAACAGUGGGGUAUUUUGGGCACUCUUACAGUCCAGCUUGUUUUUUGGAAACCUCUAUAUAUACUUUGCUUGGCAAGGAAAAACUCACAUAUCAGAGAGCGAUCGCAGAACUGUCUUCAUUGCUCUGACUGUUAUCAGUCUUGUGGGCACAGUUCUGUUCUUUCUGAUUAGGAAACAAGAGGACACAAAAGCUCCAGGGGAGGAAGAUUCUGCUAAUGAAAUCCUGGGGGACAGCUCGUCUGCACAAAACAAAAUGAUGAGAGCAGUGGCUGCCUUCAAGAAAUCUAUAAAGCUGAGCUUCACCAAAGAGAUUCUGCUGCUCAGUGUUACAACAGCCUACACAGGUUUGGAAUUAACGUUCUUUUCUGGAGUAUAUGGAACAUGUAUUGGUGCUGUGAAUAGGUUUGGCAGUGAAGAGAAGAGCCUUAUUGGUCUCUCUGGUAUUUUUAUUGGUGUUGGAGAAAUUUUAGGUGGAGGAAUCUUUGGUUUACUGAGCAAGAAUAAUCGCUUUGGCAGGAACCCUGUUGUGAUGCUAGGCAUCAUUGUCCAUUUCAUAGCCUUUUAUUUAAUUUUUUUCAACAUGCCAAAUGGUGCCCCUAUUGCUCCUAUGGGAGGAACAGAUGACAUUGCUUAUAUGAUUCCAAGCAAAGAGGUGGCCAUAUUCUGCAGCUUUUUGUUGGGCCUGGGAGACAGCUGUUUUAACACCCAGCUCCUCAGUAUUUUAGGAUUCCUGUAUUCAGAAGACAGUGCUCCUGCCUUUGCCAUCUUUAAGUUUGUUCAGUCCAUCUGUGCUGCAGUUGCAUAUUUCUACAGCAACUACUUCCUUCUGCAGUGGCAACUCCUGAUCAUGGUGGUUGUGGGCUUCUUUGGAACGAUUACCUUCUUUACAGUGGAGUGGGAAGCAGCAGCAGCUCUUGUUGCCCGUGGCUCAGACUACAGAAGCAUUUGA